AUGAAAGGGUUAUCGAAGAAUCUCGGUGUAACUGAGAGUUAUGUUGCUUGUUUUGGAUCAAUUGGGAAAUGUUCUUCUUGCGAACUUGUUACAAAAUCAACAGCAAACAUAAAGGGUAACAGAUACUGUGUCUGUUGCGCAUCGAAAAAGUUUCCCGAGGAGUCCAAAAAAGCCAAGUUUGAAAAGACAGAUGCAAAAUUCAAAUGUUACGCUGGUCGUUCAAAAGGUUGUGGCGCAGACCAACUCAAUUACAGAGAGUUCUACGUUGGUACAUGCUGUGAAAAUGCUGCUCUUCGCGCAGAUGACUACAGAUACGAAACCCUUAAAAUCGUCAACGAAAUUUUUGAAGAGACAAGAGAUGAAGAAGGUAUCGUAGAAAAGAGAGUUGAAGACGCCGAGAAACAAGUGGAAUCAUCUCGAAAAGUAAUGGAAGUUGAUCAAAAAUUGGUAGAAGAAGUUCUGAAAAAGGCUCAAGAGUCCAGUCAAGCCUUUGAGGAAGCAAAAGUAGAUGCAGAGAAAUGCAAGGAAGAGCUAGCGAAGAUUAGAAAGUGGCGGAAAAAAGUUCAAAAGCGAUCGUUGGUUCUCAGCAAAGCAGCAAUGAAGGAAGAUAACAGCGACGCUGAAUCGUCAGGGGAAUCAGACGAACCUGAGACGAAGAAGUCAAAAGGAGGAGAAGAAAAUAAUGAGGAUGACAACUGCAAGAUCUGUUGUGAAGUUUUUAGUGAAGCUCAUCCUCUAGCUGCUCUCACUGCAUGCGGCCACAUAGCCUGCUUCAACUGCCUUUCUAAUUUACCUCAGAAGACAUGUCCUACCUGCCGUAAAAAGUUCACCAAGCGAAACAUUCUCAAGCUUUUCAAGUAA